CCUCUACACUUUGGUGUAUGCUCCCUUAAAAGGGCCUUCGUGUGCGGGUUAUUUGUUAAAGUCGUGAGUUUAAAUUAAAUGAACAGUCUCACGAGGUGACUAUUCUUUUUAUUGAUACUGGAGUUAACUGGUUUAUCACUUGACAAUUAAAGCAAGUCACGUGCUAUCUACAUUCUACAAUAAAACAAAAAAAUGAAAUUCCAGAACGAAGUGAUGGGUAAGAAUUAAGAUUACGCAAUUAGAAUGUAACAGUCACAGAUCGUACAUUAUGGCUCACUGUACACCUCAAUACGUUCCCAGCCUCAUGAGGAUAUGUGUAUACCAUAACUAGCUCCUACACACUCGCUCCUUUACUCUCUACUAGCGUUCUUCGUGUAUGUUUGCAGAUUGUAUCUGUGGACUUUGCGACUAUUAGAUGUUACUUUGUUACGUACCCAGGGAGUAAUUUAUGUAUUAAUAAUAUUUUGAUUCGUAUUUGAUCAGACUGUUCCUGGUACUCCUGGUACUCCUCCUUCAGUGUAACCUGUAAAACUAGACUCAACACUCCAAUCAGAUACUACCCGAGACCACCAGACCAUGUUUCCGUACAAAAGUAUGUUCAGACUGUUAGUGACCCUCAGUGUCCUCAGUCUCACAGUUAUCUCCCUCCUCCUCGGUCUCCUUUCUCUCAUCACCCCCGCUGAUUACUACUCUGAUCCUGAUGCUCUAGAUAAAGCUAUAUUCUACGGUAACGCCCUGUUGAGUAGUGAGCUGUAUUAUGUGGACGAUGCCAAGUCUUUUAAGAGUAGGGUCUUGAAAGAAUUUGAGUAUAAAGAGAAAUUAGCUUUGUUGUCGGAUAACGAAGUGAAGCAACUGACAGAAAAAUAUUACAGAAAUAUUACAAUUCAGUGGAGUCAGCGGGACCUAUUACCGAAGUCAAAGCCCUUAUACGAUAUUCAGUGUUUAAGCUAUCUUGACAAGGACUACGAUGUGACAGUCUCCGUUAUAAUCGCAUAUAACAACGAACUAUCAGUGCUUCUCCUCAGAACUAUAACCACCGUCAUUCACAGAACUUUACCUAAAUACCUAAAGGAGAUAGUUCUGGUAGAUGAUAACAGUUCGUUAAAUAUAACAGAGGAGGUAUUAGACUAUGCAGCAGAUCACCGCAUUCCGAUUAGAUACCUCCGUAACAAUGUGAGAAGAGGUAUUGCUGGCUCCAGAAUGAGAGGCGUGAGGGAGGCUGCUGGGGAUGUUGUGGUUAUACUUGACAGUCACAUGGAGGUUAAUGAUGUGUGGUUGGAACCUCUACUAAGUGUCAUCACAACCCGCCCCAAAUCAAUUGUCGCCCCAAUGUUACACAUGAUACAGGAGACUCAAUAUGAGGAGUAUGGUGAUCUGUUACCUAGCCCUUACGGAGUACAGCCUCAGAAAGGUGUGGGUAUCAUUAGUAUGUAUCCAUAUUCCGGGGAUAGUGACCCAGAUCGCAACAGAUGGGACCCGUUCCCUUCUCCUGCAGUCAUGGGAGGGGGUCUGGCUGCUUUCAAGUCUACUUUGUUAGAGUACUAUCCCGGUAGUAUCCAGGGUAAAUCGUGGGGAGUUGAAAACACGAGGCUGUCUUACAGGAUAUGGAUGUGUGCUGAAGGUGCAUGGGUAGCUCCAUGUAGUCAGGUACUUCACCCUAACAGUUUUGACUGGAACCUGAACCGGUACUUCCAUAACAAAUCACAGGACUUAUUUCCCAAGCUCGUCUACGAAAGUGCUGCUGAACUGAUGAACUUUUCUGAACUUGACAUAGAAAAAGAGAAGAUAAUCAGCAAGCUAACGUCUGAUGAACAAUACCAGAAGUUGAUGUGGGAUAUGUCAGAUGAGAUAAGAUCAGGGUUUAACCCCGAUAAACACAAAUGUAGGAACUAUGAGUGGUAUAAGAAGGAAAUUAUGGUUGAUUAUGUUUCCUGGGAGGCUGAUCAGUUUGAUUUUGUUGGAGAGGUAAAGUCAGUGUACGACAACAAACUAUGUCUAGAACAUGACAAUGAUAGGGUAGUUAUACUGUACCCUUGUAGAGUUAAAACUCCAGAUGUAGGCGAUAACCAUGUCCACGGUUUCACUAAGAAUCAUAACGUUAGAAACGGUUACAGGGAUGGUCUAUGUUGGGAUACUGCAGGAUCGAGCGAAGAGAAGGGUGUCAUCAAGAUGUUCCAAUGUCAUGUAAAGUCAGCUUUUGAGGAGGAGGGCUUUGGCUCGCAGAAGAUUAUAUAUGACGAGACUUCGGCUCAGAUAGUUCAUCCUGAUACAAAGAGGUGUUUGGAGUUAAUCGAUCAUACGACUGUUUGGUUGAUGAAGUGUGAUAAAUCUAAGCUUGAACAGCGCUGGGAAAUAGAUAUAAGCCCCUGGUUCUAGAAAGUUCUAGAAAUAAGGCACUUGUUUUUUUGAUCCUUCAUUUGUUGGAGGAUAAGCAAUUGAAAUUCUCUCGAUGAUAAUUUAGCCUGUUUAUGCGUUCAUCGGUGAUUUGUUUUUCACUAUAGUAUUUAACUAUUGAUGAUUUGAUCACCGUGGAUAUUUUAAUAAUUCAUUAGUAUUUAAUUUUAACUGUAGAUGAAAAUUUGCAAAUAACAUU